CGUCACAAGCUGUUCUCCAGAAACUUGAAGGAAUGGUUCCGUCUCCGCUACAAGAACGUCAUCAUUGGCGACAUGUAAACAAAGUUGUCUCAACCUUGGCCACUUCUUUGUUAUACCUAUUUUAUCCUAACAACAGACCUCAUGUGUCUUGUUUAACUUUAAAUACUCUACUUUUAAAUGGAGGUAUACGCCUUGCGCUCCUGUUGGGUCAUCAAGCUUUGUUCCUCUGGUUUUACUGCUCUUCCUGUUGGAGAGUUUAGCAAAGAUCGUAAUCCUGACCUUGCAAUAACAGAAAUGGAUGAACUAAGCUGCAGUAUCAGCAUAAAUGAGAGAAGUGAUGCGGAGAGAGAAGUAUGGAGGAAGCAAGAAGUGGAAGGAGAAAGUACUCGAGAAGCUAAUCCUGAAACCGUUAAUGAAAGAGAGACAGUUAUGCCUGAGGAAUAUGUUUCGAGACAGUUGCCCAGCAGUGGCAGUGUAGAGAGUAGUGAAAGGGACUCUACACACAACAGAGAGUUGUUGCAGCAAAAUCUGAAUAAAGGAAGCGGGUUUAGCAGUAGGAAUGACUCAUAUGAUAUUAGACAAAAUUCAAGUGGAAAACUGUACAAGUGUGAACAAUGUGAUUCUGUCUUUAAUCAGAAGUCCAAUUUAAAAAGACACCAAAAGUUGCAUUCUGGGUAUAAACCUUUUAUCUGUAAAGAAUGUGGGUUAUCAUUUUAUGAACAAGUUUCCUUAAAGAAGCAUAGCAGAACCCACACAGGAGAGAAGCCAUACAAGUGUGAAGUGUGUAAUACUUCAUUUGCUCAUAAUGGGCACUUAAAAACUCAUAAGAGAAUUCAUUCUGGUGAGAAGCCAUUUGCUUGCCAAGAAUGUGGACUGUCAUUCUCACAAGCUGGAAAUCUCAAAGUUCAUAUACGUGUACAUACGGGGGAAAGACCCUACAUUUGUAAAACGUGUGGAGCAGCUUUCUCUAUCAGCAGUGUAUAUAAGAAACACAUAAUGGUCCAUACAGGUGAACGUCCAUUCAAGUGCUCCUUUUGUGAUGCUCGAUUUUCUAGUAACUCAAACUUAUCAAGGCACAAUAAAACUCAUACUGGGGAAAAACCUUUUAAAUGUCAAAUUUGCAGUGCAGCAUUUCCAGUAAAAAAUUCUCUUGAUCGCCACAUGAAGUCCCAUACAGGGGAACGGCCAUAUUGUUGUGAAAUGUGUGGCACAGUUUUUGCAGAUAUGUCUGAUUUAACAAAACAUCGUAAGAUACACACUGGGGAAAAACCUUUAAAGUGUGACAUUUGUGGAAUGGGAUUCUUUUCAAAAUCACAAAUGAAAAUCCAUAUCAGAACUCAUACUGGAGAAAAGCCCCAUAAAUGUAUUUUAUGUGGUGUGUCAUUUGCACAGAUUGGUACACUUAAUAAACAUAAACGGACUCAUACAGGGGAGAAACCUUUUAGAUGUGAUGAAUGUGGAUCUUUUUUUACUGCUAAAAGCAGUUUGAAGAAACAUGUGGAAAGGCAUGCCUAUAAUGCUUCACCACAACGCACAAAUACAUCUAACAUCUCUGAUUAUCGAAAUGUUGAAUCUCAUAUUGCUCCCUUUUGUGAUAAUCAAAAUAAGAUUUUAAGUGACAGCAAUGUUUGCAAUCAGGAAACAUUGCCACUUUCAUCCAGAUUAUUAGGAGUUCCUUCACUAACAUCAUCUGUGGAAAUUGAUGGUGUAUCCGUACCCUUAAACACAAAUUCAAAUACCGUAACUCCAAAGCGUACUUUACCAUUAAGUAGCAAUAACACCUUGUUAGUUACUUCUUCCUCGAUACCAGAAGAUCAUUCUGCCUUAAUAUCAAUGGAUAUAGGAAAUUCAACUCAAAUGUCUCAAAAUGUAAUAGCUGGAGGGAGAUUUCCCGUUUAUAAUUCCUCAUUACGUCCUGUUGAUAUCACCAUACCUGAACCGACUUCAACAUUACUCUGCAGUCCUGCUACAUUUGAAGCAAGAAGCACUCCAGCCUUGUCAUUCUCAGAUUUACAGAAUGAAACGGAGUUUUGCAAUCUUGAAAGAAGCUCAACAAAUAUUAAUUUGUCUGCUUCUACUACACUUCAGUCUCUGCCUACUGUUCCUGCAGAAUCCUGUGUUCAAUCUGCCCUCACAGCCAGUGCUGCAAGAUUAUCAUCGGCUCAAAAGUGUAUAUAUGUGUUUGCUGAGAGAGCAGUACACAACAGAACACCAGGAACAGUUGGGCACAUCACCUACUAGUCGCCUGUACUCAAUGGAAAUUCACACCUCGGCAAGACACUAACCCAAGGCCAGGUCAACUCGGGUCAACAGUGAAGGUGGUCACAAGGUUGUCGGUUACAAUUAUGCCAUGCUAAUCCAUAAGGAAUUAUUAUUUUCACAUCAGAAAAGGCAGAGGAUCUCACGUGCUCCGUUCAGCUGUAUAUAAGAUCACGUGCAGACACAGGAUAGACAAGAGGAUCUCACAUGCUCCGUUCAGCUGUAUAUAAGAUCACGUGCACACAGGGGAGACACGAGAGUGAGGCCUGUCUGGUUACGGGUGUUGGGGUCUGAUCAAGAUUCUGGAGAACAAACAUUGAGCACCUCAAAGUCGAGCGGAAUUCACUGUGGUAGUAAGUACGGCUCUCUUAUACCCAUCACCUUAUUUUUUAAUUUCCUUUUGCCUCGGUUGGGGAAACAGUUAGGAAUUGUCUUUCUGAAGUGAUAAUGUAAUGUUCUCAAAUUGUCAUCCCCUUGUGUAUUAAUGGUACCUGCCAACAUGAUACUGGGCUUACCAUUCUCUUUGCCCUAGUGCUCUUAAUUGUCCAGUAUCCCUAUUAAGGUGUGUCAAUACUAUUGU